AUGUUUCUCCAAUUCCUACUUCCACUUGGUACUGUUGGUAAGACGAGAUGGUGGUCUCAUGUUGGUUCGGCGGUAUAUACGUAGCAUGCGAAGUUGACUGCGGCUGCUGUCGGAAAGAUUCAUAGCGCAUUUCAUAUGGGUGGUAUGGGAUUUCCCGGGAUUGAUGCUGCUGUUGCUACCAAAAAAGAUGAUGCUGUAUCCCACCUGAAUAAUCUGACAUCUGUGGCAGUUGCGGAUAUUGAUAUUGCCAGUUUGGUUCAAGCAAAUCUUGGUGAUGAGAGUAGUAGUUGGCUUGUGGUAAUUUCUGGUGCUGCCGCCGGAUGCGAACAUGUUGGAAUGCGCACGAAAUUCUGA